AUGCAUUCAUAUUUAAUUGAUGGAUUAACUGUUUUAUUUCCUUUUGAAGCUUAUCAAUGUCAACUUGAUUAUAUGAAAGCUGUAGUUGAAUGUUUGAUUAAAGGUCAAAAUGGUAUUCUUGAAAGUCCAACAGGUACUGGCAAGACUCUUUCUCUAUUAUGUGCUUCUCUUGCUUGGCUUGAACAAUAUAAAAUACAUAAUUCAGAUUCAAAUGAAGCACCAGUUCAAAUUAUUUAUGCUUCUCGUACACAUUCUCAAUUAGCACAAGUUGUUAAAGAAUUUAAAUCGACCGAUUACAAUCGUAUGAAAAUAACUGUUUUGGGUUCUCGUGAUCAAUUAUGUAUUCAUCCAGAAGUAAAAAAUCUUGAAAAUAGUUCUGAUAAAAUAUCAGUUUGUCGCGAAAAAGUUCAUCGAAAAACAUGUUUAUUUCAUCGAAAUUUUGAAAUUUCUAAACUUGAUAUUGUUAAAUUACCACCAAUGGACAUUGAAGAUUUAGUUAAAGCAGGAACACAAAGAAAAUUUUGUCCUUAUUUUGCAGCAAGAGAACUUAAAGAAAAAGCUGAUAUUAUAUUUAUGCCAUAUAAUUAUUUACUUGAUGCUAAAGCUCGUCGUAUUCAUAAGAUUAAUGUACGUAAAUCUGUAGUUAUUUUUGAUGAAGCUCAUAAUAUUGAACAACAAUGUGAAGAUGCAGCUUCAGUAAUGAUUAGUUCACUUGAUCUUGCUUCUUGUCUUGAUGAUAUUACCAAAGUUAUGCAAUGGAUGAUUAAGUCACAAUCAUCAGAAUACUUAUCUACAGUAUCAACUGAUGAUAAUGAAGAAAAUAAUAUUGAUGCAAAUGCUUUAACCAUUACACAAGAUCAAAUCAGUAGUUUAAAAUUAAAAAUUAUGAAAUUAGAAGAACUAUUGGAUGAAAUGAAGACGACCAAAGGAAAUAUUCCAUCACCUGGCGAUGUUGCUUUUAAAUGGCUUAAAAGUGCUGAAAUAGAUUUUACUGCACAAGGAGAUAUACAACAACUUCAAGAUAUUAAUCAAUUUAUAGCUGCUAGAUCGGGAUCAAUUUUUCGUUCAAAUGGACAUUCGCUUCUUAAAUUAGCUGAAUUCAUUGAAACUGUUCAUCCAUUGGACGAAAAUGGUCAACCAUGUUUUACAUUUGAUAUGGAUGCUCAACGAAAAUCUGUUUUUAAAGUAUAUAUCGAAGAAGAGAAUAAUAAUAAUGAACAACAAAGACCUUCGAUUAUUAUUUCUAAACGACCUAAAAAACUUCAUUAUUGGUGUUUAUCACCAGGUUUUGCUAUGCGACAAUUAUGUAUGCAAAAUACUCGAUCUAUUCUCUUAACAAGUGGUACACUUUCACCAAUUGAUUCAUUUAAAACACAAUUAGCAAUUCCAUUUGAUAUUAUUAUACAAAAUGAUCAUAUUAUUGAAAAAAAUCAAUUAUUUGCUGCUAUUUUACCACGAGCAGCUGGUAAUAAACAUAUACUAACAUCUGUCUAUAGAACAAGACAAAAUCCAGAAUAUCAAGAAGCACUAGGUAAAAAAAAACAAAUGAGAACUUAUUCAAUUAGACAAACGAAUAAUUAUUUAGGUCAAACAUUACAUAAUGUAAUAAAAAAUAUUCCAGGUGGUGUUCUUGUCUUUUUUCCUUGUUAUAAAAUGAUUGAUGAAGUUGUUGCAACAUGGAAGAAUAAUGCUACAUAUGAAAUAAUGAAUCAACGUAAACGAGUAAUUAUUGAACAACGAAAUAAAACUAGAUUUGAAAGUCAAAUGAAAGAAUUUAAUACAAUUAUUGAAAAUGAUCAACGUGGUGCUAUGUUAUUUGCUGUUGCUCGUGGAAAACUAAGUGAAGGCAUUGAUUUUAGUGAUAAAUCUUGUCGAGCAGUGAUUAUUAUUGGUAUACCAUUUGCACCUCAUCAAGAUAGACGUGUUAUUGCUAAAAGACAUUAUCUUGAUGAGAUGAAUCGUGGAAAUAAUAAAGAAAUAAAAUUAGGUGAUGUUUGGUAUAAUCAACAAGCUUUUCGAGCUAUUAAUCAAUGUGUUGGUCGUGUUAUACGACAUAGACGUGAUUAUGGUGCAGUACUUUUUUUUGAUCAACGAUUUGGAGAUAAUACAGAUAAAUUAUCAAAAUGGCUUUGUCCAUAUGUACAUACAGUCGAUUUUACUGGAAUGAUGAAAGGACUCAAAGAGUUUUUUGCUCAAGUUUAUUCAUCAAAUUCAACUGCUCAACAAAUAACUCAUCCUAUUCAGCAAGCUUUUUUCGCAUCUGUUACACAUUCAACUACAAUGAUGACAAGUAUCACACCAAAAUCUGUAACUCAUACAGUAUCAUCUGAAGAUAUUCUUCAAACAACAUUGAAACAAUCUGUUGGAUAUUCUGUAAAACCUACUGAACAAACAUCAUCAUCAGAUAAUGUUCGAAAUGAAACAAAUGUUGUUCAUAAAUCUUUAUUUGAUGCUAUAUCUUCAACACAACGAAAUAAAAAUGUAAUGUCUUUGCAAAAUAGUGAAUCAGAUGAUAAACAACGUGAUUUUGAUGCUAUGCUCGAACUGAAACGACGUGAAGCUGCACGUACUGAUUCUUUAUCUAAGAAACUUCUACCAAUGAUGGGAACGUUUGAAGAGACUUCAUCACUCACCGAUAAUAGUAAUACCAAUAAUUCUACAAUAUCUUUAUCAACUACAAAAGCUUCAGAAUAUCGAGAAUUAUUAUGUCGAUUGAAAGCAGCUAUGCCACAUGGAGUCUAUCCACGUUUUACACAUAUGUUACAAGAUCAUAAAAUUCAUAAAACAGAUCAAACAAUUUUUAUUAAAUUACAAACGUUAUUAGUUGAAAGUCUGGCAAAAAAUCAUCAUCAAUUGUUCAUGGAUAUGGCUCGACAUAUUAGUGCAUCAUUUCGACAAGAAUAUAUUCACGCAGGACAAAAUUAUUGCUCUUCAACUUCAACUAUUGAAAUACAAGAAACAAAUGAAAAUAUAAUUAGUAACAAAAGAAAAGAUUUAUCAUCUAGUGAUUCAGAAACAUCUUCAGCAAAAAUAGCUAAAACUAACCACAGCAAAAAUCCAUUUCGAUGUACAUGA